GCGCGCUCUCCUGCCUGCCUGCCUGCCUGCCGGCGCGCGCGCGCGCUCUCGCUCUCCACCACCCACCAGCUCCUCCCGCACCGGCAGCCGCGCCGCCACCGCCGCCACCGCCGCCACCGCAGCUCCUCUCCCCUCCGCCGCUUCCCUCUCGGGUCCUCGCCCUCCGUCGAUUGCCAGGUGGGCCUUGAACCAGGAUGGCUGAACCCCGCCAGGAGCUCAAUUCACUGGAGGAACACACCUCGGUGUACGGGAUGGGGGAGAGGAAAGAUCUCCCAUCACAGGGAGGCUACUCAGUGCUGCAGGACCAUGGGGGCGACGCAGACCGCAGCCUGAAAGAAUCUCCCCCACAGGCCCCUGCCGAGGAAGGAUCUGAGGAGCCAGGCUCUGAAGCCUCUGAUGCUAGGAGCACGCCCACGGCUGAAGAUGUGACUGCACCCCUAGUGGAUGAGGGAGGCCCUGGGGAGCCAGCGGCCACUCCACCCCACACGGAAAUCCCGGAAGGAACCACAGCUGAAGAGGCCGGCACAGGAGAUACCCCCAACAUGGACGACCAUGCAGCCGGACACGUGAAUCAAGCUCGCAUGGUCAGCAGAAGCAAAGAUGGGGCUGGAAACGAUGACAAGAGAAACAAGGGUGCAGAUGGUGGAACAAAGAUCGCCACACCCCGGGGAACGGCCCCUCCAGGCCAGAAGGGCCCAGGGACCAACACCACCAGGAUCCCAGCAAAAACUACGCCCAGUCCCAAGACCCCACCAGGCGAAUCUGGAAAAUCUGGGGACCGCAGUGGCUACAGCAGCCCGGGCUCCCCCGGGACCCCAGGCAGCCGCUCCCGCACCCCGUCGCUGCCCACGCCGCCCACCCGGGAGCCCAAGAAGGUGGCGGUGGUCCGCACCCCGCCCAAGUCUCCGUCGUCCGCCAAGAGCCGCCUGCAGACCGCCCCGGUGCCCAUGCCGGACCUCAAGAACGUCCGCUCCAAGAUCGGCUCCACCGAGAACCUCAAGCACCAGCCGGGAGGCGGCAAGGUGCAGAUAAUUAAUAAGAAGCUGGAUCUUAGCAACGUCCAGUCCAGGUGUGGCUCAAAGGAUAAUAUCAAACACGUGCCAGGAGGCGGCAGUGUGCAAAUAGUCUACAAGCCUGUAGACCUGAGCAAAGUGACCUCAAAGUGCGGCUCACUGGGAAACAUCCACCAUAAACCAGGAGGUGGACAGGUUGAAGUGAAAUCAGAGAAGCUGGACUUCAAGGACAGAGUCCAGUCCAAGAUCGGCUCCCUAGACAACAUCACACAUGUCCCUGGUGGUGGGAACAAAAAGAUCGAGACCCACAAGCUGACCUUCCGAGAGAACGCCAAAGCCAAGACUGACCACGGGGCGGAGAUCGUGUACAAGUCGCCCGUGGUGUCGGGGGACACGUCCCCCCGCCACCUGAGCAAUGUGUCAUCCACGGGCAGCAUCGACAUGGCAGACUCGGCCCAGCUUGCCACGCUCGCCGACGAGGUGUCGGCCUCCCUGGCCAAGCAGGGUUUGUGAUCAGACCCCGGCGGCCACCGUGGUGGAGAGGAGAGAGGGGACAGGCUGGUGGCCCGGCCCUCGCCCUCCCUCAGCUGCUCCGCACAGAUCUGGGCACCGGUCAGUUACUUAACCUGCUUUUGUCGCUCGGCUUUUGGCUCGGGACUUCAAAAUCAGUGAUGGGAAUAAGAGCAAAUUUCAUCUUUCCAAAUUGACGGGUGGGCUCCGCCGAAUAAAAUAUUUUUAAAGAAACACGGAAAAA